UCACCCAGGAUUUGACAGACUCCUAAAUCUGCUGAUGAUCAGAUGUUGCCGGUCCCCUAAAUUUAAUAUUGAGUGUUCCCUGGGACAUCUAAAAGAGCUCCUGACAUGGCCAUGUUGGAUGAGGAUGACGGCAUGAGCGAGAGGGGCCUCAGCACCUCCAGGAUGAGAUAUGACGACGAAGAAGACUACCAUUCAAUCUACAUUGGGGUGCCAGUGCCACGCGGCUACAGGAGAAAAAGACGCAGGAGGAGGUCCUCAUCCAGUCGAAAUGGUGAAGCAGAAAGCAACUAUGAGAGGCAGGACCGGUCAGAUACUGACGAAGGAGGAGGGAGGAUUAGCUACGAGGAUGGAAAUGGCAGUGCCAGCAGAACCAUGUCUCCCGCUGCUGAACGACUCCGUUAUAUCUUGGGUGAAGAUGAUGACCUCCCCACCCCUACGCUGUUCACUGAGAUGGACACACUACAGCAUGAUGGAGAAGAAAUGGAGUGGAAAGAGUCCUCUAGGUGGAUUAAGUUUGAAGAGAAGGUGGAAGAAGGAGGAGAGAGAUGGAGCAAACCUCACGUGUCAACUUUAUCUUUACAUAGCUUGUUUGAGCUACGCACUUGCCUGCAGACAGGGACAGUGAUACUCGACUUAGAUGGUUACUCCUUGCCCCAAAUCAUAGAUGAUGUCAUUGAAAAGCAAAUAGAGGAUGGCUUGCUCAAACCAGAACUGCGGGAAAAAAUAAGUUAUGUGCUCCUGAGAAGGCACCGUCACCAGACCAAGAAACCUAUUCAUCGAUCAUUGGCGGAUAUUGGCAAAUCUGUCUCAAACACAAAUCGCAGCCCUGUCCGGAGUCCUGCUGCAGGGGCCAGCUUUCACCGCUCGACUGAAGACCUCAGGAUGAGACACAGCACAAGUUAUGGGCGAUUGCGCCAUGCCCAAAGCAGAAGCAUGAAUGACAUCACAGACACUCCAAGCACAGAUCAGCUCAAAAAUAAAUUCAUAAAGAAGAUUCCCAAAGAUUCUGAAGCCUCUAAUGUACUGGUGGGAGAAGUGGACUUCCUGGACAAGCCAUUCGUGGCAUUUGUGCGACUCGUUCAGUCCACCAUGCUGGGUGGGGUGACGGAAGUACCUGUUCCAACUAGAUUCCUGUUUAUCCUCCUGGGUCCUUCAGGAAAAUCAAAAUCCUACAAUGAAAUUGGUAGAGCCAUUGCCACUCUCAUGGUAGAUGAUCUGUUCAGUGAUGUUGCCUACAAAGCUAGAGACAGAGAGGACCUGAUAGCAGGAAUUGAUGAGUUUUUGGAUGAGGUCAUUGUUCUUCCACCUGGAGAAUGGGAUCCAAAUAUCAGGAUAGAACCACCCAAGAAAUUGCCAUCUGCAGAUAAGAGAAAAUCUGUGUUUUCACUGAGUGAAGCAGGGCAGAUGAAUGGCACCGCCGGUGGAGCAGGAGGAGGUGGUAGCGGAGGGGGAGGCGGCAGUGGCAGUGAAGAUGAAGAGAUGCCAGCUGUGCAUGAAAUUGGGGAGGAACUUAUUUGGACUGGAAGGUUUUGUGGUGGUCUGUAUUUGGAUAUCAAGAGAAAGCUUCCUUGGUUUCCCAGUGAUUUCUAUGAAGGCUUUCAUAUCCAGUCUAUCUCUGCCAUACUCUUCAUCUACCUUGGCUGCAUUACAAAUGCUAUAACAUUUGGUGGCUUGCUAGGAGAUGCUACAGAAAACUAUCAGGGAGUUAUGGAGAGCUUCCUUGGAACAGCAAUGGCAGGUUCUGUGUUCUGCCUUUUAGCUGGACAGCCUCUUAUUAUCCUGAGCAGUACUGGACCCAUCCUUAUCUUUGAAAAGCUGCUCUAUGAUUUCAGCAAAGGUAAUAGCAUUGACUACAUGGAGUUCCGCCUCUGGAUUGGCUUGCACUCUGCUUUCCAGUGCCUUAUUUUGGUGGCUACAGAUGCCAGCUUCAUUAUAAAGUACAUCACACGCUUCACUGAGGAGGGAUUCUCCACUCUCAUUAGCUUCAUCUUCAUCUAUGAUGCUAUCAAGAAGAUGAUCGGCGCCUUCAAAUACUACCCCAUCAAUUCAGAUUUCAAACCGGACUAUGUGACUAUGUAUAAGUGCGAAUGCAUUGCCCCAGACCCAGUGAAUACAACAUUGUUCAAUGCUUCAGUUCCACUGGCACCAAACAACACUAACCUUUCUAUGUACAACACCAUUAAUGUCACAGCUCUGGACUGGACACAGCUGAGCAAGAAGGAAUGUCUGAAGUAUGGUGGAAGUCUAAUGGGGAAAUCCUGUAAAUUCGUCCCUGACUUGGCCCUCAUGUCAUUCAUUCUUUUCUUUGGAACUUAUUCCCUGACUGUGACCCUGAAAAAAUUCAAGUUCAGUCGCUAUUUUCCUACCAAGCUCCGUAAACUUAUUAGUGACUUCUCUAUCUUCAUGUCCAUCCUAAUUUUUGUCGGUCUCGAUAUUUUGUUUGGAUUGAAUACGCCAAAACUCCAAGUGCCUACAGAGUUUAAGCCCACUCGCUUAGACCGAGGAUGGUUUGUGUUCCCAUUUGGUAAGAACCCCUGGUGGAUCUAUUUGGCCAGUGCACUUCCAGCUCUUCUGGUCACCAUCCUGAUCUUCAUGGACCAGCAAAUUACAGCAGUAAUAGUGAACAGAAAGGAGCACAAGCUGAGGAAAGCAGCUGGUUAUCACCUGGACCUGUUUUGGGUAGGCGUCCUCAUGGCAGUGUGUUCGUUCAUGGGGCUGCCGUGGUAUGUAGCAGCUACAGUCAUUUCCAUUGCACACAUCGACAGCUUAAAGAUGGAGACAGAGACUAGUGCACCAGGAGAACAGCCUCAGUUUCUGGGAGUGAGGGAGCAGAGAAUCACAGGAAUCAUAGUCUUUGUUCUGACAGGCAUAUCUGUCUUCCUAGCUCCUAUUCUAAAGUAUAUCCCAAUGCCUGUGCUUUAUGGAGUCUUUCUUUACAUGGGAGUGGCCUCACUCAAUGGCAUCCAGUUCUGGGAUAGAUGCAAGCUUUUCCUGAUGCCAGCCAAGCAUCAACCCGAUUACGUCUACCUCCGGCAUGUGCCCUUACGGCGGAUCCACCUGUUCACCGUGGUUCAGAUUGUCUGCUUGGCUGUUCUCUGGAUCCUGAAAUCCACUGUAGCAGCCAUCAUCUUUCCUGUGAUGAUUUUAGCCUUGAUCUUGGUCCGGAAGAUGCUGGACUUUGUCUUUUCCCAACAUGACCUGGCCUGGAUUGAUAACAUAAUCCCUGAAAAGGAUAAGAAGAAGGAGGAGGACAAGAAGAAGAAGAAAAAGAAAGGCAACAAAGACGAGGAAAACAACAGUGAUGAGGAACAAGGUCUUCCAGUUGGAGCUUUGAAUUCUGAUUCUUCUCCUAAUAAUUUAGACCUGGAUCGCAGGCAGACACACAGGGAAGGAAGCAUGGCUGUUCCUGUUAUAUCAGCCAGUAUUACACUUCACCUGAAGAUUUCCUGCCCGUCGUCUCCUGCAUUCAACUACUCCCGAAAUCCCAUUUGUGCUGUCCCUCAAGUAAAGAUAGAGAUGGAGUCAGAUUACGAAGAUACUGAUACAGAAAAGCAUCCUCGGGACAUGGGCAAUGAGACCACGCUAUAAUCCCAAUGGUUCUGUAUAAAUACAGAAUUGGGUUAUGUUUUUCUGUGUGAAAGACCAUGGGAAUAUCUGGGCUGAAGGACCUUGUUCUCCGUUAGAGAACUGAAGACUGAGAAUUUGUAGGGUUCCAUUCUGAUGGGUUGGACACAAUGAUAAAACCCGACUUCUCUAACUUCAGAUCUUCCCAAACAAUACGGACAUGGCUAUUCAGCAUCUGCAAGAACAAGAGAAAUAGUUAAUCUGCGGGCCGCUCUGGUUCUUUGGGCAGAGGAACUGCGUAACCUUUGGACUCCAUGUUUGGUUAUGACUGAUAAGAAGUUACCUAGUUGUUCACCAGCUCUUAUGAAAUCAGAUGUUGUCAGCCUAUCUCAUAACCUGUAUACUUAUUAAUUUUAAACUUGGCAGAGUCGUUUUCUUAGAGUAACUUUGCCCAACUUUUUUUUUAAAAGAGAGAUUUCAAUUUCUGUUCACCUAUGAGGACUGGGCGUUGAGAAAUUGGGUACCAUGGAUGGAUGAGAAGCACAGAGCCUAAGUCUUGUCACCCAGUACUAAAAAUUAUCUUUUGAGGACCGAAGCAAGAGAAAGCCAAGACAGGAGACUAUGUCUCCCUUGAAUCCAAGCAACUGGAGGAAUAGUUAGUCACAGAUUACUGUAUAUAUUAUAUGUCUCAGUCCUCCAGAGGGCUUAAGUUGACGUCCUGUUCAUUUCAGUUAUACUUCUCUCCAUGAGUCACCUGGUUUUUCCCUCUUAGUAUUUAGGCCGUUUAGAACUCCUUAACAGUCCUGUAAAGUGAGAACUUAUCUUUCAGGAAUGGUAUCAUGGCUCCAUAAAGCUCAUAUGUCCCAAUGGCAGGCUUCUCUGGUUUCAGUAUCUGAAAAUGCUUGUUGGAUAGAGGCCAAUAAAUUCUAGGAUCCAGUUGCAGCAAAGCAGAUGUAGGUGAACUAGCCAGAAGUUAUUUCUGCCUAUCAGCAUGGCUGAGCACAUUUUGCCCAUGGAGUCUUCUUUCAUGAAAUACGUUGUGAGAUGUCUUGGCUGGUCCAUAGGAGGAGAAAGGGAGCUAUUUUAACUCAAAGGCCAAAGUCUCCUUUUCCUUUUUGAUGUAUGAAAAUGUUUAUCAUUUUUCAAUCUUUUCUCAGAUCUAAAUUUGGUAAAUAGUUCUAAAUUGUGCCAAUACGUUGUCUCUUUUUAGGUCGAUUCCGCACAGCAUAAUUAUACCGGGUUACAUUUGGUAUUUAAAAACGUGGGUCUGUUUUAUCCUGGAUUCUGCCUUUGCAUGGGUGCCCGUUUCUGUGAAGGAAUCGAGUUAAGACUGGGAAGAAAUAUUUCAGUUUCUUUCGCAGGAGUCCAACAUGCAUGCUUGAACAUCCCUGCUGUGCUGCAUUCUGACUGGCUCUUCCCCCCCCCCCCCCCCCACCCCGCCCAGCAAUGCUUCUGAUUGACGGAUCCAUAGCAACUCCAGGAAAACCAAG